AGUAUGAAUAACGUUAGCGUCAACAUCGCUUACUGUUGUGGGCAAACCGAGUAUUUGUGGCCAGCUGGAAUCAUAGCUCACUGCUCGACUUCUGAACAUCUGUGAUUUGAAGUCUUCGCGAAAGGAACAGCGUCCAGUGUUUUGGGAUUCUGGCAUGUUGGAAAGGAUUGUACGACUUUGAAAACGGACUGUGGAGGGACGAUAACGUUGCACUGAUUUAUGAUAAUCAUAGAGUCGUAAAAGUUGGAGUCAUAGCCUACGCUGAUUUCAUUUUUGCGGACAUUUGCUAUAUCCGCUCAGGCUGGGUAUAUUUUCAGAUAGCCAAACACAUACGCACGCUGUGCCGUGUGUUUGUCCGUCGUUGUCCGUCAUCGUAGUACAUUCUAGCUAGCGAACGUCAACUGUGCUAUGAGUAUGGCGUUCAUCACCAAGACGCUGCCAGAGCACUUCCAAUAUGUGUCUUUGAUUUGGUAUGCGCCUAAAACAGUAUUCCCGAGAUAAAUGCAGCUAUGUUGGGAAUCGGAUGUUAUGUCAUAUAGCGACAUAGCGACAUAGCGUUUUUUUAACCAUAUCAAUUCUGUCAUAUAGGACGCAACCGACUUUCAUUUACCACGUCAGUGUAACGUAAAAUUGACACUCAUCUGAUUUGAUAUUCCACCGUGACGACGGCGCCUCUACUUGAAGUUAAAGGUUUACAAGGGGCUAAUCUAAAGUUGACACCCCGACCCCACAACAUCUGCUCGGCCCCACGACGCCAGGUGUGUCCGGGAGGGCAAACAUGUGGAGUCCCGGACCCACGAGCCUGCAGUUCUUGGUGAAAUCCGUGAAACAUGCUGUGGGCAAAGGGCAGAUCCAGCUCAGUCGCUGGCUACAACGGACUACGCCAGAGGCAAUGGACUGCGAUAAAAUCGACAUCCUCAUAUGCAACGCCUUUGACGAGAGGGGCUCAGCGGGGAAGUCCGAGACGGACCUGGACAGCGCCAGCGAGUCCGGAGCGUCCUUCGCGGCUGACUUCAGGCACCCGUGCUGUAUCACCACCUGUUGCUUCAAGAGCGCGCUGCUGGCAUGCAUCCUUACCGCCGUGUGCUUCUCUUCCGUGGCCCUCGUCCGCCAGUACCUCAAAGACCUGCUGCUCUGGGUCGAAAGUUUGGACAGCCUGGUCGGCGCACUGCUCUUCAUAGUCGGACUGAUCAUCGUGGCUUUCCCCUGCGGAUGGGGUUACAUCGUGCUGAACGUGGCCGCGGGCUACCUGUACGGGUUCGUGCUGGGAAUGGGUCUGGUCAUGGUGGGGGUUUUGAUCGGGACGUUUGUCGCGCAUGUGGUGUGUAAGCGGCUACUAACGGAAUGGGUCCUCAACAAGGUCGGGGGCAACGAACAACUCAGCGCCGUCAUCCGGGUGGUGGAGGGCGGCAGCGGACUGAAAAUUGUGGCCUUAGCCAGACUCACCCCUAUACCUUUCGGCCUCCAGAACGCAGUGUUCUCGAUCACAGACGUGUCCUUGCCCAACUACCUAGUGGCCUCCUCGGUGGGGCUGCUGCCCACUCAGCUGCUGAACUCCUACCUGGGCACCACACUGCGCACAAUGGAGGACGUCAUCGCCGAGCAGAGCCUCAGCGGAUACUUUGUCUUCAGUCUGCAGAUCGUCAUCAGUAUCGGCCUGAUGUUCUACGUGGUGCAUCGUGCUCAGUUGGAGCUCAACGCGGCCAUCGCUGCCUGUCAGCUGGAGCUCAAGACGUCCUAUCAGAACGGGGGUUAUGGGGGCACUUCGGACCCCCCUGCAGCAAGCCCUCAGCGCGGGCCGGGCGGGUCAACAUCGCCUGACCCCCCCAUCUGA